GGAGCCUUCGUUACCCGGAUGUUCUGACUAGACUGAUCAGCUGUCAUCCGUGCACCACAUAGCAAGGAUGGCACUAAGCGGCUCUUAUUCUUUAGUUGAAUAUUUUGGUGGAGAUGAUGGCUACCGCUGCGGAUACUGUAAAAACGAAAAGGGAAACUUUUCUCAUGGAAUGUGGUCUCAUAAUAUGACUGUACAAGACUAUCAAGAUUUAAUUGAUCGGGGAUGGAGAAGAAGUGGGAAAUAUGUUUAUAAGCCCAUAAUGAAGAAGACAUGCUGUCCACAGUAUACUAUCAGAUGUCAUGCACUGAAAUUCCAGCCUUCUAAAUCUCACAAGAAAAUCCUGAAGAAAAUGAGCAAAUUUAUUUCCAAUGGGGAGUUGCCAGCUGCUCCGGACGAGGGAGAGCCGAUGGACUCUGCUUCCGGGGAGGCUGGUCCACCUGAACCCACUAAAGUCUGUCAAUCAGACUUGAAACAUAUUGCUGCCACGGAUAGUGAAAAGAAUGUACCAAAAUCUCCCAUUGUUACAGAAGUUAAGAAAAACUUGGUGGAUUCUUCAGCUGCAAGCUCAGAAAAUUCACAGAACGACUCGGCUUCUGUCUCAGGUUGUGAUACCGCUGCCAAAGCUCCUAAACCAGGGAUGGGAGCUGAUCCUAGCCGGCCGCCCUGCAGAAAGGCCAAAGAUUUAAGAAAGGAGCGGCGUCUUCAGAAAGACCAGAUCAGACAACAAGGCGAUGGAGUCUCAUCUACUAAUGCAGCCAAUGCCAACCAACCCAAAACACUGGAGGAUUUCAUGAGCGAGUCUUUAGGGGAGAGCUCCUCUCACCGCCUCGAGGUGAGGCUAGUGCGCUCCAAUCCCCCUAGCCCGCAGUUCAAAGCCUCUUUCGACGCCUCCUACCAGGUGUACAAACUCUACCAGAUCGUCAUUCACAAGGAUCCUCCUGAAAAACCCUCCGAGAGCCAGGUGAGGCUAGUGCCGGUGAACUUUGAGGACCCCCAAUUCGCUGCGUCCUAUCAACAGUCAGUGGCACUGUACGCCCGCUACCAGAUGGCCAUCCACGGUGAUGACCCAAGCGAAUGUAGUGAGACUGAGUUCCGGAGAUUUCUUUGUGAUUCACCACUAGAGGCAGAACAGUCUCCCGAUGGACCAGAGAUGGGAUACGGUUCCUUCCACCAGCAGUACUGGCUGGAUGGACGCCUUGUGGCAGUGGGAGUGAUUGAUAUCUUGCCUACCUGUGUGUCUUCAGUCUAUCUGUACUACCAUCCAGACUUUGCAUCGCUUUCUCUAGGGUCAUACUCUGCUCUCAGGGAGAUUGCUUUUACCAGGCAGUUGCAGAAACAGUCGUCCAAGCUGUGCUACUACUACCUAGGCUUUUACAUUCACUCCUGCCCCAAGAUGCGUUAUAAGGGACAGUACCGACCUGCUGACCUCCUCUGCCCAGAAACCUACAUUUGGGUGUCAAUAGAGCGAUGCACACCUCUGCUGGAUAGCUCCCGCUAUGCUCGGUUAAAUCAGGAUCCAAAUGCAGGAGACGCACGAGCGGUGAAGGAUGUGGGCAGAGCUCUGGUGCUGAACAGGCGGACCGUCAUGCCUUACGCCAUCUACAGCCGUAAACGUAAGGGGCCCAGCGACCAGGCAGAGGUGCAGCAAUACGCCAGCCUGGUCGGUCAGGACUGCGCAGAAAGGAUUUUACUCUAUCGCUCCUGAACACGAAGCUUCGUACAACUGCCUCCUAUUAACCUGCAUACAAACUCAUCGCCCAAAAAUAUCCCCUCUUUGUCUCUAAAAGUGCUCUGUGCGGCAGCCUCACUAUGCGGACUUUAAUUCAUGCAACAAACAUGCACCAUCUAUGUACCUGCAUAGUAGGUGUACUGGUACCCAAAUAUGCAUUGAGUUGCAUCUCAAUUAAACAAAACUUUGAAAAGCUAAUUCCUUUCAGUAACUUUACAGUGAUGAUUUUCUCCAAAAGUGAUUAUUUCAGAGGUUUAUUUCAACUAAUUUUGAUGAUUAUGGCCUACAGAUGACUAAAAUAUAAAUUAAUUUAAUUAGAACAUUACUAUUAGAUAAAACAGGCUUUAUUACAGAGGGUUUGUGUAAAAGUUUAAAUGUAUGAGUGGGAUUUUUCAGAUAUGUGUUAGUAAGUUUGAAAAAUGUUUCCGUUUCCAGAUAUGAUCAGUGGUUUUUUAUUAUUUUCUUUAUUCAUAUAUUUGUUACCAUAAUCGAUGGAAAACUUUAAAUUAAAAUAGGCUAAGAAAUCGUAGCCCUGAGACCCACAGAUUAAUACUGGCUUAUACAAAACAAUAAAUAAUAGGAGGUGUUUUACUCAGGUGACCUGCUGUUCUUGAAUUGAGCGUGAUCUAAUAGGGGUCCAUCACCAAAACAAAGAAUUUACUAAACCAUCCUGAACAGUUUUAGGAGGAGAAGCAAAGAUUUUGAUACUAAUCUUAACUUCUUUACCUGAGAAAAUAAACAUUGGAACAUCCCUUUCACUUUGCUUGGGUCAGGAUUUAUAAAGUAUAGAGAUAAUUCUCUCUGACUGCUGCACAAACAUUAACACGGUUUAGACUUUUUAUUCAUAACUUUCCAGAAUACUAAAACUUGCAUUUAAUUUAGAAUUUAAAGGUUAAGGAAUGCUGAAUACAAACAUACUAUUCUACUAAAAUUUAUUUUUGUCCAUGUAUUUUACUAUAGAUGCCCUCAUCACUUUAUUGGGGCUCCUUUUCAAUGAAUUACGGCACCAGUGCAGCUUUGCGUGAAAGUGAUUGGUCAGCUAAAGUGUGACAAAGCUCAGGUUGUUUUUCCAUCAGCAAUACCUCCUAAUCUAUAACUGUUGCUUGUGCACUUUUUUUCUACCGUACUUUUUUCGUUCAACUCGUUUAGUAACCACUUUUUGUUCCAUAGAGUCAGAAAUCAAAUUUCUUUUUUGUUUUUUUUACAGUAUUGUUCUUACGUUUGGCUGUAAUCUUAUAAAGGAUUAUAUUUUGGGUUUCUAUUUGCUAUAAGCCAUAAUCAUUCAAAUUAAUGAAAUAACUGAAGUAAAUGUCCUUUUCAGGGGUAUAGUAGUUAACUGAAAUGCACCAUGUUUAUUUUUCAAACAUCCUUGUUGACUUGCUGCAGGGCACCAUUCAACUGAAUGUUAUUUUCAGAUGAUAACCCAUCAGCUUUUUGUUUUUUAUAUAUAUAUAUUUGAAUUUAUUACGUUUUUAUGUCGCAAACCAGCAUCAGGUCACAACUGUGACUGUAGUUUAACCUGAUAUCACUUUUUGAUCUCAUUGUUUCCUUUUUGGCAUGUCUGUUUGGAUGUGAACUGUUUGUUUUCUAUGUUGGAUUUAAUUUGCUCACUUCAAAGGAUAAACAAAUUCAGUGCUUCUCAUAUAAAAAACACAGUAAUGUUAUGAUUUAAAUGCACAUUUAAAAGUAAACCAUAUCAUUGUUUUAAUCUGCCCUUAAUGUAGUCUUUUCAUUUUUUGUUUGAACCAAAUAAACAGUUUGCAAAGA